AGGUGGUGAUACCUCUUGUUCUAGUCGUGGUGGCGAUACAACCACAAGCACAAGCACUUCGACAGGUGGUGGAAUAUCAAGCACGACAGCGAGCGAUUGUGCUUCAACAACGACAGGAAAAACCUCAAGUAGAAGAGUGUCUUUGACUGGACCAGGAGCGCCUGUCGUAGAUGCCGAAUCAGAGAUCGGCAUAGUCGUUGAGAAAGUAGCAGGAC